UAUAAAACGAAAAGUUCGAAAGAAAAUCUCGUCAUUUGGAUUUCGAAAAAGUGAUCGAUCAAAACGAUGUGGGGCCGUUUCUUUGGCAGCGUCCUAGCUCGCGCACUGCUGCACAUCGUCCUUUUCAAUUUUUGUUUCGCCUAUAACGAUUUCAGCGACGAAGAUUACAACACGGCUUUUCCGAAUGGCGAAGAUGAGGGAAGCUUGAAGAUGGUGGUAGUGAUGUUUCGACACGGCAAUAGAACGCCCAAUGGAGAGGAAGAACUGUAUCCAUUGGACCCUUAUUUAAAUAAGACUUAUUUUCCCUAUGGUUUGGGCCAACUAACAAAUGCCGGCAAACGCAAACAAUACUUAGUGGGUCUGGAACUUCGUAGAAGAUACGAUCGUUUCCUGGGAGACUACUACUACCCGGAACUCGUAGAAGCAAGAAGUACCCAUUACAAUCGUACCAAAAUGUCGUUGCAGUUAGUCUUAGCCGGACUGUUCCCGCCAAGAAAAGACGAUGAAGUUUUAGGAAUGCCCUGGCAGCCAGUUCCGUAUAACUAUUUACCCGUGAAACAAGACGAUAUACUUAUGGGAAGCAACUGCCGAAAGUAUUUAGAACUUUACAAAGAAUACAGUAGUCGUCCGUCUGUUCAAGAGAAGUUUGCGAAGUACGGCGAAACCUUUAAGUACAUAUCUGAACAUACUGGUUUGAACAUCACAACUUUAAAGACAUUUAUAAUUUACAUUUCGGUCUGUCCACUGAAGAGGAAUAUGGUCUGAAGCUACCUGACUGGACUAAGUCUGUAUGGCCAGAACCGAUGACCAAAAUUUUCCCCGAAGAGUACUACAUAGCGAUGGGAACAGCGGAUAUGCGAAGAAUUGCCAUCGGAAACUUUUUGAAGAAAGUUCUCGAUGACACCAAAGCGAAGAUAUCGGAUCAUCGCAAACUGGGUAGAAAGAUGUACCUCUACUCAGCUCACGAAAGUACGUUAUCGUACCUGAUGAUAUCUUUGAGAAUAUUCGAAAAACACAUUCCCACAUACGGCGCCUACGUCGUCAUGGAGUUACACCGUAUCAGAGGCGUGUACGGGUUCAAAAUAUUUUACAAAAAGUGGGAUGGCUCCGGCUUGAGGUUGGUAGAGAUGCCGGGAUGUAAGGAGUUCUGUCCUCUGGACGUAUUUACCUCUUUGUUAGCAGAUAAUCUGCCGACCAGUGAUAACAUGUGCGGUAAUUGAAGAAGUAUUGGUUAUACUGGGUAUAACGUUGUAAAAAUUUGAUAGGAAAAGUUUGCUGUGCAAAAUUAAAUAAUUAUACAGUCAAGAUUUAGUUAAUUUAUGAGAGAAAAAUAAAACAAAACAGUUCAUAGUUAAAUAUAUGAAUAAUAUGAAAGGUUUUUAUUUUAGCACCUUAUGGCUUUGGAGUCUGUUGUAUUGACGAUUAUCUGAUCCCAAUAAAGUGGCUUCAGAUUUUGUAGAGCUUAACAACAACUGUUGUUGAUUUUUAUCUCAUUCAUAUCGAGAAAAGUUGCGUCUUUUGGAUGAAAAGCUCCUCUUCUUUUUAACAAUAUCGAUGUUUUCUUGGUUAUGGUUCCCUAAAAGAUUCGACACAGAUCAUAAAGGUGGAUUUUACGAUCUGUGAAUACUCUUUCUUAUAAUGACUACUGUUUUCAUGAUUGUGUCUUGUAUUUUUGAUUAUGAUACUCUUCUAGUUAUUUUCUAUCUUCCGUCUAUUCGACCCUUUCCUACAGCUACUCUCUAUUUAUCUUUGAUCUUUAUUUAUCCAGCUAUUUACUGUUUCUUUAGAUAAACACUCUGUUUUUCAACUAUUUACUGUAUUGUGGUUAAUGUUAAUUGACCGCAGUUGAAAAUAGAUAGUCCCCAAAUUGGGUGCCAAAAUAAACGUUAUGUGGUUAACUCCGAUUAAAAAUAGUAAAUGGUGUAUCAUAAACCGAAUGUUUGUUUUAGUAUUUCCAAAUUCUUAUUCAAGCAAUUUUUCUUAAUACUUUUUUCAGUUUUUGAAAAGUACUUUUGGCUGAUUAUUGGUUUCCUACAUUCUCCGAACUGUGAUACGCUGUUAUUUUUUCUUUUUUUUUGUAUCCUAAUUCAUAGUUGAAUAUUGGUAGUGGAUAUGCUUGUACCUUUGAAAUGUCUGGGACAAAUCACACUUGGUAUCCAAAUAAAUUUUCGUGUCUAUAAAGACAUAACACAGCUGGUACUGUGCUUUUAUCUGUCGAUAUACGAUAGAUGUGUAAUGUAUUAUACUGAGUAAGCAGGGUUUAUAUUUAAACCUAGCCAAUACAUUCCAGUUUUGAUCAGUUUUUGCCUUGGAUGUAAUAAAAUCUUAUUUAUUUAU